AUUAGAUAUAUGUAGAAAUUUUAGAUUUACACAACUGGGUUGUCCAUUCAUGGUGGGUUGCUACAUGUACAAGGGAGGAUUCGAACCUCUAACACCUACUUAAACAGACGGGUGAGCUAACCACUCGACCAACAGAUGUUGGUUUAUGCUUUGUACCUCUAUCCUCUAUAUCAUGUUCCUUUUAUUUUUUUUUUUUUGAAAUACAAGAGGUCCGAAGGCCAAUGUUCGUUCAGUCUGAUUUCCAAAACAGUGGGUUUUUCUGUGGGGCCACUAUGAGAAACUGAAUUUUUAUUUUUGUAAUGGUCCAACAAGGCCCACCAUAGGCCCAUUACUAAAAAAGCAGUCGCGGAGCUCUGCAAUUUUUCCAACACGAAGACAAAGAUAGAGAUAGGAAGACGAAGGCGCAACCGUGAUUCAAAGUGAGUUAUUCUAAGACCCAAAAAAAAAAGUGAGGAAAUCAAUUGCAGCUGGUGAAGUAAAAUUCUUGUCCAGAAUCGCAGCGUGAUCUAAUAUGGACACCGACGAUGAUUUCACAUUUUGUCAGGUUAGUUCGCAGGAGGGUGUUGAAACAAAGAAACUUGCUUCGGAUAUUGCUGACAUUUCCAUAAAAGAAGAAUCCUCAAGUUCUCCCACUAUUAGUAGUAAUCAAGAUGGUGGUUUCUUGUGGAAGGAUGGUUUUGCAAAUAAUUCGGACUCUAUAAAGGAGGACAAGGUUGGUUCUUUGUCUUUCACCGUAACCAGUGCGACUUCACGUCAGCCGAAUGAAUUGAACAAGAAAUCAGUUCUGAGUGAUGGGAUGAAUUCGAUUCAAAGGUCUCCAGAACUGAAGAGUCCUGUUGCAAAGCCGGCAGCUCGGACCAAAGUUCCUUUUGAAAAAGGAUAUAGUCAAAUGGAUUGGCUUAAGCUUACUCGGACACAUCCUGACCUUGCAGGCUUAAAGGGACAAUCAAAUAAGAGACUUAUUCCAAUGGAUGAAGUUAGAAAGCACCAAACAGAAGGUGAAAUGUGGACUGUUUUAAAAGGACAUGUUUACAAUAUAUCUCCAUAUAUGAAGUUUCACCCUGGAGGUGUUGAUAUGUUGAUGAAAGCAGUGGGAAAAGAUUGCACAUCUCUCUUCAAUAAAUACCAUGCUUGGGUUAAUGCCGAAUUCUUAUUGGAGAAAUGCCUUGUGGGCACCUUAGAUGAAAGUCAUUAAAGAAAUUAACAGUUGUAUACAGAUACUAAAUUAUCACUAGGUCACAUUAUUUAAAAACUGCACUCCAAUCCAUUACACCCCUUCAUGAUCCCUUUUCUGGUCAAACCACCAAGACAAUAGUGGAAUGAGGAAUAAAUUCAUUUGUGAAUUUGUUUAUAUUUAAAGAAUUCCGAUCGGAAGUUGCUGGGAAAUGGAUCCUCUCAAUUUUUUUGUAAAGUGUGAUCUUUUACCAUUCAACAUUUUCUCUCAUAUUUUUUCUCUUGAUCCUACUUAAAUAGUGUAUGGUAAAAGAUCACACAUUACAAGAAAAUUGAGAGGAUCCAUGCUUAAUUUGCUGUACAAUGAUGGACAGUGCAUUUGUUCUCCAAACUUGAAGGCUUGGUUGUCAUGUAACAUUUCAUAAGUGAUUACUGACUAUUGACUUUGUUCAGUAAU